CCCGUGAUCAUCUCUCGCGAGGCCUCUUCCCAAAUAGAGGUACCCAUCGAAACAAGCGCUCGUAAUAAAAUACCGCAGCUCCUGCCGAAACGUGUGAAUUGUAGUUACAAGUGAAGCUAUACAAGAGGUGUACAUCCUCCGCCAGCGAUAAUAUCGUGUGGUUGAUGGUAGGUGCUGGUAUGGGACUACAAGCCAGGGGGGGGUCAAAGCUGACGGGCGCAAAAGGGGAGGGGAAAUGAGUGCCGUAGGUAGGUUAGUCUGUCUAGCUAGGUCGCUGGCUGGUGAUAUCACAGCGUGGGACUCAGCCCCGACUCCACAGUUUUUGUUAUUGUUGGUGUGCGCAAAGUAUUUGGCUCAUAUUGUUCUGCACGAGCUGGGACUUGAGGAAAGAGGAGACGAAAAAAAAGGGAUCUGGCUGACGUGGGUGGCCCUGACUAACCGUGUUGGAAGAAGCCGUUUGUCAAGGGAACUUUUGGAACGAGCACCACUGAAACGAGCCACGACCCAGUUCCCGAGCUCCUGGACUACCUGCCACGUUAUCAAAGCUUCAGAGAGAGAGAGCCAUCCUUGAAGACUUGGACCCUGAAAUCUCACGUUGCA